AUGGCACCCGAAUCAUUAAGAGAAGCUUCACCAGCUUCAUCACAUUCAGACUCUGGCGAGAAAUCGAACGGGAAGAAGAGAAGCAGCACCGACGACACCAAUGGCCCCCAGAAAGUUACGAAGCGAAGAGCAGCGCGGGCGUGUGUCUCAUGUCGGGCGCGAAAAGUGCGUUGCGAUGUGGUUGAGGGAGCGCCGUGUGGCAACUGCCGUUGGGAUAAUGUUGAGUGUAUUGUCCAGGAGAGCCGUCGGCGAAAAAAGAAUCUCGUCACGCCCAGCGCCGUGGGGCAACCCAACGGUUCAGCCGAGGCACAACUGCGCGCCAAAGCCACCAACAUGAAUGCUGCUGCACCCACAGCUGCAUCGACGUCGAACACCAGCAACAAUGUCAACGUCAACGUCAACUUGGCCACGCCGCCGUUGUCCAUCACAAACCCUGACAUUGCCCGCAGGACAAGCAGCGUAUCUGCUUUCUCAUCAAACAGUCCCGAUGGAGCCGCGCCGUUGUUGCCCAAGAACAGCCUGGACAACCAUGUGCCGCACAUGCUUUAUCAACGAUCCGGUUAUCGCAGUGACAGCAUCGCCCUCAGCCAGUCGUCUUAUGGAAACGGUCGUACUGCCCAGUUCCUAAACUCUCUCGAACUCCCCGAUGCCGGAUCUCAGCUCCCUGCCUUUGUGAGGCCGCUGCCCUCCAAGAUUGCCCCCGACGAUGUGCAGUAUCUCGCUCUCAAGGGCGCCUUGACGCUACCCAAUAUCACGCUCCAGAAUGCCCUGCUGCAAUGCUACAUUGAGUAUGUGUAUCCAUACAUGCCGCUGAUUGACUUGCACAACUUUUUGAGCAUCGUCGAUCGGAGGGAUGGCGUCAAUGGACAGACGAGCUUGUUGCUGUAUCAGAGCAUCAUGUUUUCUGCGACGGCGUUUGUGGACAUGAAGCAUUUGAGGGAGGCGGGCUUUCAAUCGAGAAAGGCUGCUAGGAAGGCAUUCUUCCAGAAGACGAGGCUGCUCUACGACUUCGACUACGAACAAGACCGUCUCAUCCUCGUCCAGGCCCUCAUGCAAAUGACAUACUGGUACGAAACCCCCGACGACCAAAAAGACACCUGGCACUGGAUGGGCGUGGCCAUCUCCCUCGCCCACACCAUCGGACUGCAUCGCAACCCCGGGUCAACGUCCAUGUCCACGUCGAAGCAGCGGCUCUGGAAACGGAUAUGGUGGUCCUGCUUCAUGCGAGACCGCCUCAUCGCCCUGGGCAUGCGUCGUCCAACCCGCAUCAAGGACGAGGACUUUGACGUCCCCAUGUUGGUGGAGAGCGACUUUGAAAUCCAGCCUCUCUCCGAGAACAUCAGCGUUGUGCCGCCUGAGUGCACACUCCUGCGAGAUGUCAACAUGCAGCACGAACUGGCGGUGAUGUGCAUCGCCAAGGCGAAACUGUGCCUUUGCAUCAGUCACAUGCUUAAGACGCAGUACUCGGUCCUCAUCCGUGACAAGAUGAAGCCCGAAAACACCACCAACAGCACCAUGAUGCUCUUCCCCAACAAGCACAUGGACAAUGUGGACAGCGUCAACGCCGUGGACCUCGAGCUCAGUGCCUGGGCAGCCUCUCUUCCGGACGUAUGUCAAUACCGUCCCCUCAACCCUCUCGACGUGAAAGACGGCAAAUCCACCAUUGCCGUCCAAAGAACCCUCCUCCACAUGGUCUACCACACAACCAUCUCGGCCCUCCACCGUCCUCAAUUCCUCCCCUCAUCGCCAACCCAAGCGCCCACCACAUCCCGCCAGGUCCAGGACAUGUCACGCCUGCGCGUCCGCGACGCCGCCUCCCAAAUCACCCGCAUGGCCACCGAACUACACCACCUCCGCCUCGAGAAGUACCUCCCCACGACGGGCGUCACCGUCAUCCUCCCCGCCAUGAUCAUCCACCUCCUCGAGAUGAAGUCCCCGUCCAGCCAGGCCCGGGACCGCGCAACCCGCGGCUUCCGCCAGUGCAUGCGUGUCAUGGAGAAGCUGCGUGAGAUUUACGCCGCCGCCGACUACGCAACCGGCUUCCUGGACGCGGCGCUGCGCAAGGCCGCCAUCGACAUCAACUCCAACAACGUGGGCGCGCAGACCCUCUCCGCCAUGAAGAUGGACCUGCCUGCUGAGUUUGGCGCUCAGACUCCUCCGCCGGAGAACCUGCCGUACAUGACGGCCUCGGAGUCCCUGUUCCAAGAGAAGCCCAAGACGAUCAAAAUGCCUAUGCUGCCGCCCAAUACUGUCAACGCUGCUGCUCUUGAGUUGUCGACCAAUUCGCCGCCCCAGACGGACUUUGAUUCCGCGGAUCUGACGCCCAGUGCGAGUGGGCAGUCUGAGGCGCAGCUCGUGGAUUUGGAUACCCUUGAUUUGGACUUUAUGCAGGGCCAUGAUGAGUUUGAUUGGAAUGCUGUUGCGGGAACUGAGUUUGACGUCGAUCAGUGGUUGCAGUUUCCGGAUGCGAGCGGCAAUGGGAAUAUGAAUACUGGUGCUGGUGGUGUUGCGGGUGGUGACGAUUUGCAGGGUGUGUUUGCGGAUGUGAAUGCCAGUGCUGCGGCGAGGUUGAUGGAGGAGACGCUUGAUCUUGCGGCGCUGGAUGGCGAUGGCGAUACGAGUAUGGGAGGGGAGGCGGCUGCUCAGUUGGAAAUUAGUGUUUAG